AUGAGGAGGGUAGUAAUGUUCAGGACGAAUGAGGAAGUCGUCAGAGGGCAAGAGGUGGGGAGGAUGAGGUCCAAGCGCAUCGAGCGCCAAGAGCAGUCGACGGGCAGCGGAUGCGACAUUCAAGCAACCAUCGACGACCUUGUUCUUGUCCAUAUAAUCACACAUACCGCCGCCAUGCCGAGCAUUACUGAUGUGCCAAUGAGAGAGAGGCAGCAGGUUCCUGCAAAGGCCCUGAACACUCCUUACCCUGUACGACACCAUCCGCAAUCGCUCGCCGAACCAACAUCACUAACAAGUCUCGCAGNNCUCAUUGACAGUGACCCUCACUUCAAGCGCGUUGUUAGCUAUGCCCGCCCCGGCGACUACUUGUACGGCGUUGCUUUCGGUGCCUCCAUUCCCGCUACCAUGACCCUCAUGGAGCGCGUUUCUCCCACCGGUGUCUCCCGCAGUGUCUUCGCCAGUGUCAUGCGCCUUUCCGGUGGCAUCGGUCUCUUCGCCGGUUUCUACCUCUGCUACUCGAGAUCCAUCAAGAAAAGAUGGCUAACACAGUCACCAAAACAGNACCGUUUCUACGGCUUCACCGAGAACCGCCGCGAAAUCGACAUGGACAUGCGCGAGAUGGUCGACAAGGUCAAGCGCGGCGAGGAGCUCUACGGCAAGAGCCAGUUGACCGAGUACAUGCAAGGUGUUGCCUCGCGUCAAUCCCGUUACUCGGGUAUCUGGAUCCACAUGAUGCCCUGGUUCAACUUUGUCAACCACAACCAGCACGGUGUCGACACGGCAAAGUACUACCAGCAGGCCGAGAGGGAACUCGAAGCCGAGAAGGCAUGA